GACACAUUCGUCAAGGUUGUUGCUGCCUCCUUCACGCCGUGAUGUUGAUGUAAAUAAAUCUGAACCGAACGACAGCUUCAGUCCCGCACACACGGAGCCGUGAUGGGGUGUCAGCGGCGCCGCUCCCCGGCCUCUGGAGCCCGUCUGCUGCCGCGUCUGCUCUGCCUGAUGUGCUUCUCGGUGGUUAUUCUGGCAGAGAACACUGAGAUGGUGAAUGUGGUGACGGAGAGGAAGGCGGAGGAGAGUCACCGGCAGGACAGCGCCAAUCUGCUCAUCUUCAUCACGCUGCUCACCAUCACCAUCCUUACCAUCUGGCUCUUCAAACACCGCCGCUUCAGGUUCCUGCACGAGACCGGCUUGGCCAUGAUUUACGGCUUGUUUGUGGGCGUGAUUCUGCGAUUUGGUGUCCAUUCACCACAGGACGCGAGUGAGGUCACCUUGAGUUGUGCAGUGAACAGCAGUCCCACCACCAUCCUGGUAAAUGUGAGCGGCCGAUUCUACGAGUACAGCCUGAAAGGAGAGGUGCAGGACAGCAAGGGCCAUGACGUACCCAAUGCAGAGAUGCUCAGAAAGGUUACUUUUGAUCCUGAGGUUUUCUUCAACAUUUUGCUUCCACCCAUCAUCUUUCAUGCCGGAUACAGUCUAAAACGAAGACAUUUUUUCAGAAAUCUGGGCUCCAUCCUCUCUUACGCCUUUGUGGGCACAAUGACAUCAUGCUUUGUUACUGGGUUGGCGAUGUACGGCUGUGUGGUGUUCAUGAAAAUCAUCGGUCAGCUUGGAGGAGAUUUCUUUUUCACCGACUGCCUUUUUUUUGGUGCUAUUGUAUCUGCUACAGAUCCAGUGACUGUCCUGGCCAUUUUCAAUGAGCUGAAAGUUGAUGUGGAUCUCUAUGCACUCAUGUUCGGUGAAAGCGUCCUGAAUGAUGCUGUGGCCAUCGUCCUGUCAUCGUCAAUAGUGGCAUACCAGCCUGAAGGAGACAACAGACACACAUUUGAUGCCAGCGCCCUGCUCAAGUGUCUGGGUGUUUUUCUGGGAGUUUUCAGUGGCUCUUUUGCAAUGGGGGCUGCAACUGGAGUCAUGACAGCUCUGGUCACAAAGUUCACCAAGCUGAGAGAUUUCCCUUUGCUGGAAACGGCCCUGUUCUUCCUAAUGUCCUGGAGUACCUUCCUAUUAGCCGAGGCCUGCGGCUUCACAGGUGUCGUGGCAGUGCUCUUCUGCGGCAUUACUCAGGCUCAUUAUACAUACAAUAACCUUUCAGUCGAAUCAAAGAGCAGAACCAAACAGUUGUUUGAGCUGCUGAAUUUCCUUGCUGAGAACUUCAUCUUCUCCUACAUGGGCUUAACGCUCUUUUCCUUCCAGCACCACGUCUUCAAUCCCUUCUUCAUCAUAGGCGCUUUUGUGGCCAUAUUUCUUGGUAGGGUGGCUAAUAUUUACCCCUUGUCUUUCCUGUUAAACCUGGGCCGCAAGAACAAAAUCCCAUCCAACUUCCAGCAUGUUAUGAUGUUUUCAGGACUCCGAGGUGCCAUGACAUUUGCGCUCUCGAUAAGGGACACUGCGACGUACGCCAGACAGAUGAUGUUUUCCACCACACUUCUGAUCGUGUUCUUCACUGUGUGGGUCUGCGGUGGUGGAACGACCCCCGUGCUGUCGCUCAUGCAGAUUCGAGUGGGAGUGGAUGCAGAACAAGAUAAUUCGGCUACAGCGGCGGACGGGAUGACGCAGAGAAGUACCAAGCAUGAGAGCGCCUGGCCUUUCAGACUGUGGUACACUUUUGACCACAAUUAUUUAAAACCCUUCCUCACUCACAGCGGGCCUCCUCUCACAACCACUCUUCCAGCCUGCUGUGGACCAAUCGCACGCUGUUUAACCAGCUCACAGGCCUAUGAGAACGCCGGUCAGCUGCAUGAUGAGGACACAGAGCUGAUUCUGAAUGACGGUGGUGGUUUGAUGUACAGUGACAUGACGGUCAGCACAGAUGUCCACGGCGUUCCCACCACCUCCUCCAGUCAGGCUGGCCUGUACUCUCUUGCGGGAACUUCAGAUGACCCUCUGGAACGGGAGCUGGCAUUCGGAGGCACCCGUUUGGUGUUGCCCACAGACGAGCCUCUAGACCCUCUGACAUCAUUUCCUCCUCCUCCACCAUCGCCACCCCUGUCAGACCCUCUGCGCCACAGAGUCUGAGCCUGCCAGACCUCCUGCCCUCUGUCUCAGAUAUUAAGUUAUACGAUUAUUUAUGCUUGUAUUGAUUUAUUACUUUGUGCCAUGUACACUGCUGUUCAAAAGUCUGGGGUCGGUACGAUUUUUAAAAGACGUGCAUUUGUUGUGCUUCCAAAGGCUGCAUUUAUUUGAUCAUAAUUUUUAAAUAUUUAUUACAUUAUUAUUAAUUUAAAUAUUAUUACAAUUUAAAAUAACUGUUGAAAAGUUAACUUAUUAUUGAAAUAGAUGAAAGGUAACUGUAUUUUUCAUCAAAUAAAUGCAGUAUUGGUGCAAGAAUACACUUCUUUUAAGACAUUUUUAAGUCUCCCUGAUCUCAAACUUUUGUCUGACAGACAGUGUAUAUUUAUUAUUUAUUUGUCUAGACACUGUUGUACUAUGGCUGUGGUGGCUAAUCCUAACG